GUGCGCAAGCUACUCCAUAAUGCCUGCUCUCCAAAUAAGCGACAAUUGGCGCGGGUUCGACUCUCUCAGGUUUCUCGUCAUUUUUGGGGACUCCUUCUCCUCUGUUGGGUACUCCGCAGGAUCUUCGAACCCGUCAGCAGACGAGCCUCUCGGCAUCGUCUUCCCCGGCGAGACGUCCUGCGAGCGUCUCGACGAGGUUACUCAGCAGACCGUUCACGAUCCUAACUGGGUGGGCCACCUAGUGCGAAGUGUCAACGCGCAACGCCCCGACAAGGCUUUACUCGUAUAUGACUAUGCGAUCCCGGGUGACACCGUCGCACGGAUGAAGAUCAAGCAGGUCGGGAAGGAGUUUCUACCCCACGUUGGCUCGCAUCCCGCAUGGGCUCCCUGGACAGCAUCCGACACGCUCUUCCUUACGUGGAUCGGCAUCAAUGACUGCACCUGGAACCUGCACCUCCAGGCUCCAUCUGCGCAGGCCUGUCUCGACGACCUCUUCGCCGCGCAGGAGAAGCUGUACCAGGCAGGCGCGCGGAACUUCUGUUUCGUCGACGUCCCGCCUGCGCAUACAUUACCGAAAGGUCCAAAGACGCCCCGGGCGAAGGCCGCCUAUGAAAGUUGGAACCCUUUGCUGCGCUCGGGUGCCGAAGCAUUCAGUGCUGCCCAUCCGGACGCCACUGUGCUCCUGUUCUCGUCCUGGGAUCUGUUCACGCGCGUUCUUUCGGACCCUUUGGCCGCCGGAGUGGCGCACGAAGCCGCAACACGGGCUGCGCUCUUUGCGGACGGCUUCCUUCCAUCCUCUGCGAUGCAUGCAGUCAUCGCCAGGGAAAUCCUCGCGUUUUUGAAGAGUCAACCAGCUGCAGGAUCGUCCUCACUCUCCAGCCAGGACGCAACGGCGAACAGGUAGACGGGACUCCUCGCGGCACCUGCAAUCACUACCAUACCAACCAGUGCUCAAUCACAUUAGAGCUUCUAUCGCUCCCUGAGCAGGUAGGGGCAAAUACCGAUCUCUUAUCUCUUCUCUCCCCGGAGUCCUGGUGGGCCGCUCGUCGCCUGGAGAGGCACUACAGUAUCCUCCGACUUCGUAUGGGCCGCUCGAUUACGUAGUCUCUUCUGUGCAGUACCUUCUCCUCCACAUUCUUCGGAGACUGAUAAACCUGGAUAUCGCAUACAUUGAUCA